AUGGACUCGCGAGAGAUUGAGCUUGGGGAUUUUAACAGGUCAGAAAAAGUCAUUAUCGUCUAUAACGAAUCAACCUCGGCACCUAAUAUAUCGCGCAAUGUCAAUCCGCAACAACAGGCUAAGGUAAGGGCUGCUGCCAUCAUAGGCACCUUUCUUCAGCUUGGAGUUCUAGUCUAUGCUGGAUUCGCAACAUACUAUCACACCCUGAGAUUUCCUAAAGAGGAAAACGUGCCUGUAUCAAAUUACGCAUUCCCUUGUACGGCAAGUGGCACAAUUAUCUUGGUAACUGGAUUGCUACUUUGUGCUGAUGUACUCGAAAAAAGAACUAUCGAGAUUGGUAGAAAGCCACGGACUGGUUAUCAGGCCUAUAUAAUCUGGCUUCAACGGCAAGCGACUGUUGGGGAUCAGGUUUUCAAGUCUUUUGGGAUCUUCUCUGACGCACCUAGGAAAGGAGUUGUCACGUCACGCCACCGUGAUCUCUCUACGGUACCCUCAAAAACCACAGCGGUCUCGUUUGUCGACAGAAUUACUGAAGUCGCUUGUUACAUGCCGUUUCGUAUUCAUAGGUUGUUCAAAACAACGUCGGACAACAAGGCGCCUCUUUUCACUGAGAGCUCAGUACAGUUCUCUAAAACAACACUUGGGGCAUUCCUUAGCAUUUCCGGAUAUGUUAUACAAUUUGUUGGAUUGCGAGACAUGCACUGGUCUGUGUCUGUUGUUCAGCUCGGAGCAGUUGCGAUCAUGACAGCUGCUCGCACAGCUAUCCGUCGCGGGCUAACCGUUGUCCCGAAAGCUCAAUCUCUGUCUCAAGAUUUUGAAUUGGAGUGGCUGGCUUCUACGAUUACUGGCAUAAACGGUAGCCGUUUGGAAAUCCCUAAGACCGAUAGCCCAGUUUGGAUAGACUGGGUCGUUUUAGGCCAUGGUGAAACUCAAGGUGGAAGCCAGGAUAAUAGCGGCAGUAUGAAGGAAAAGGAUACAGAAGAGAUCGAAGACGACAGCGAGGACGACAGCGAGGAUAACAGCAACGGUGAAGUCGACAGCCAAGGCAUUAGUGUUACGGAAGAGGGCAUAAACGAUGGUGCAAAGGAAGCUAGCCGUGGUCGAGCAGAUGGAGCUGCCAGCAAUUAUAGUGACAAUGUUCAACCAAGUCAUGGCAUCAACAUGGAAGAUGAGCACUAUGGUGGCAGUGUAGCAGCGAGGAACAAUGAAGGUCACAUGAGGGCGCUCGUUUUGAAACCCCAUACAGUCAUGAAGCUACGGUCUCACUUUGCAAAGGUCACCGGUUGGCGAAGUCCUGGUUUCAAAGAGGCAAACUCUCUUUCUAGGGCCAUAGAAGUGGUCAUGAAUACGCUGUUGCUUAAAAGCGGACUGGAGGAUUUCAAUUGGCAAUUUGAAGCCAUGUGUAGCAACUCGGGCCCUCAAAUCGUCACCGUCCCCAUGAGCCUGGUCAAAGGGAACUGGAAGGUUAGUCGCCACGACAUCGAGGCAAUCUUAUCACUCUGGAUAUUUUCGAUGAAGAACGCUCCCAGAGGCGAAAGUAGCCCACAGAACACCGAUAUCACUACAGACAGACCAGGCGUACACCUACUCGGCUUAGAUACACCACAACUCCGACGAGACCUCCGGUGA